CCGCCCUCUCCCCCGCCCCGCCGCUGUGUGGGGCCGGGCCGGCAGGAGACACCCGCCCCGUCGGGCCCCGCCCCCCGGCCGCGCGGCGGAGGAGGCCGCGGGCUGCGCUGGGGCCGCGACCGCUGGCGUGGCGGGAAAUGGCGGCCGGGCCGGGCCGGGCCGCGCCGCGCUGAGGUGAGGCGAGCGGGGACGAGAGCCGCGCCAUGAGGCUGCUGCGCGCCCUGCUGCGCGGCGCCUCCCCGGGCAGCAUCCCGCAGCAGGUGGACUUCUACUCGCGCUUCUCUCCCUCGCCGCUCUCCAUGAAGCAGUUCCUGGACUUCGGAUCUGAAAAUGCUUGUGAGAAGACUUCAUUUAUGUUUCUGCGACAAGAGUUGCCUGUCAGAUUGGCAAACAUAAUGAAGGAAAUAAGUCUGCUUCCAGACAACCUCCUAAGAACACCUUCAGUUCAGCUGGUGCAGAGCUGGUAUGUUCAAAGUCUUCAGGAGAUCCUUGACUUUAAAGACAAAAGCUCAGAAGAUUCAGGGGCUAUUCAUAGUUUUACAGAUACUGUGAUAAAAAUCCGUAAUCGACACAAUGAUGUGAUUCCUACGAUGGCUCAAGGAGUAAUAGAGUACAAGGAAAGCUUUGGCAUCGAUCCAGUGACCUCACAGAAUGUGCAGUAUUUUUUAGACCGUUUCUACAUGAGUCGCAUUUCAAUUAGAAUGCUCCUUAAUCAACACUCUUUACUCUUUGGUGGGAAAAUUAAUCCAGCUCAUCCAAAACACAUUGGAAGCAUCGAUCCUAGCUGCAGCGUUGUUGAAGUUAUUAGAGAUGGCUAUGAAAGUGCCAAGAGACUCUGUGAUUUAUAUUAUGUGAGCUCUCCAGAACUAAUCCUUCAAGAGAUGAACGCUAAAUCACCAGGACAGCCCAUGCAAGUGGUGUAUGUGCCAUCACACCUCUAUCACAUGGUUUUUGAACUUUUCAAGAAUGCAAUGAGAGCCACCAUGGAACAUAAUGCUGAUCGAUGCAUUUAUCCUCCAAUUCAUGUACACGUCACAUUGGGAAAUGAGGAUUUAACUGUGAAGAUGAGUGAUCGUGGUGGAGGUGUUCCUAUGAGAAAAAUUGACAGAUUGUUCAACUACAUGUAUUCAACAGCACCACGUCCACGUGUUGAGACGUCACGAGCUACACCUUUGGCUGGAUUUGGUUAUGGCUUACCCAUAUCACGUCUGUAUGCACAGUACUUCCAAGGAGACCUGAAACUGUAUUCCUUAGAAGGCUAUGGUACAGAUGCAGUUAUUUACAUAAAGGCCUUAUCAACGGAAUCAAUUGAAAGACUCCCUGUAUAUAACAAAGCAGCCUGGAAACAUUAUAAAGCAAACCAUGAAGCAGAUGAUUGGUGCGUGCCAAGCAGUGAGCCAAAGGACAUGACCACUUUUCGCAGUACAUAGUUUUUCCCUCAACAGUUCACAAGUAGGUGUCUGUAAAAGGAAUUUAAAAGACCUGGUUUACACCAAGAUGCUGGGCUACAUUUGAUAUGUGAAAGUAAUUUUAAGUGGAGUAACAGAAGGUUUGUAAUGUAGUUACUCUUUUCUGGAAUUAAAAAAACCCACCACCACCCCCGCCUCCCCAAACAAACAAAAAACCUCAAACAAACCCAAACCCAAGAAAACCCCCAAACCUGUACAUACUUUUAGAUUUUAAGUGAGAAGGUCACAAUUUGUUCCACUUCCUAUUUAUGACUACUUUCAGUAGGUAAGUCAAAGGAGCAGUAACUUCAGGUUUUAUAGGGAUUAAUGCAAUCUGUAUCACAUCUAGUGAGAAAUGUAUUAAUUCAUAUAAUUACAAAAUUGUUUUAAUGAAACAACUAUUGAAAAAGCUCACCAGAGCAUUAUUUCCAUUAUACAAUAUUACAGAUUAACAAAAAAACUCACGUAAGAAAUACUGAGGACCUCACUGCUAUACCUUUACACCUGUAUGACACUUUCUUUUAUCUUAAGCAUGCUGAAGUCUAAUGUUGCAAAGUUACAGAGGUUGCCUAUACAUCUUGUCUACAUCAAGGUUUUUUGCAGCUGUAGAAAUCACACUUCAGUCUGUAGGGAUUAAAAAAACCAAUUCUAGCUGCUACCACUGGUAUAAUGUAUCUCAGGUAUGUGGUAUCAGUCAUAUUUCUUUGGUUGUAAUGUGAAUAUUUAAUACAUGUGAAAAACUUACCUUACCGUGAUCAUUGUGAAUUAGCAGAUAGUGUUGGCUUAUGUACAGUAAAGAUACGCUGUCUUGCAUUUGCUUAUAAUUCUGUAGGUAAUGCCAUGCCAAAAUGCAGUAUCAGUGUCUAGCCCUAGUAAGAUCUCAGACUCGGGUAUGUCAGAUUGCAGCUGUAAAUGGAAACUAUUUUAAUAAACAGAUUUUUAAUGCUUGCCUUUAAUGGGGCAUUUCUAUUACUUAAACAAUAGUUAUCUUCUCAGGAGUAUUUUAAAAAAAGUGGAAUUAGCAGGUUUUGAAAAUACCUUUGUAUUUGCGAUGUGCCUCGUUUAUGUAGUAACUGCAAGUCACAGUAUAGCAGGGGUCCUCAAACUAUGGCCUGCGGGCUGGAUACAGCCCCCCAGGGUCCUCAGUCCGGCCCCCAGUAUUUACAGAACCCCCCACCCCCCCCGCCGGGGGUUGGGGGGAAAACCAAGCAGCCGCAGAUGACUGCCUGCCACUGCAUCCGCGCGCCGGCCCCCUGGUUAAGAAGUUUGAGGACCCCUGCACUAUAGCAUAAAUAAGGCAAGCAGAAUGUGUUUAUCAAAGGCAAACUGUCAGAACACACUGGGGAAGAUAGAGAGGGGAAUGAGUAUUGCAUUUCAGGUACAAAGUCCUUUAAAUAAAAGAUUCAACUUCCUUUAAUACCUAUUGUGCCAUCUUUGUUCAAAUAAUACACAUCUACAUUGCACCUUGAUCCCUGUCACUCCUGAACAUUUUAGGAGUGAUGCUGUUAAAGACACUGAGAACUAAUCCUUUUCUCUUAGUCAAUUCAUUGCAUGUAAUCCUGUGAUCUUUAUUUUGCAGCAGACACACAUAAUCCCUCUCAGAAAGAAUAAGCCUUAAUUUUGCUAGUUUACGAGUUCUGCUCAGAGCAGAAGGUGAGAUACAAGUGAAGGGAACAGGUGGUAGGUUAGAAAUUGAAGUCAUGCUAUUCUAGUUGUAACUGAGCCAGGUGAAAGAUUACCACCUGCUACCUCCCUAGCCUAGGUCUGCAAAACAAUAAAAUGGUUUUAUACCCUGGUACAAGCUAACAUCAGUCACUUUAACAGGAGUGAUUUACAGAAUUGACUAUAUACACAGUUAAACUGACCCUCUGAGGGAGGAUUAUUCUACUUCUGUCACCACCAGAACAGUACCGUUACCUGCUCCACUCAAGCCUGUGGGCACUUUGAGCGGCCACCAUUUUAGUUCUUUAUAAGGAUGCGAGGUGGUGACUGGCGUAUGUUUCAAUGGGCAUGGCUACACAUGAGGAGAAGCUACAGCUGUUCUCUUCUUCAGCCCUCCAAGAGGAUGUGAGAAAUUCCACAUCCUGUAAAACGGCGCCUGUACAACAGUUAGAGGGAAUGCUUGCAGCUAGUGCUUUUGCUAAACUAAAGCUGAAAGUUACAGCAAGGGAUUUUAAAAACUCAGCUCUGAAGCUGAACAUCCUAGCUUUUACACAAAGUUUAAAUGUUUUAACAACUUAAUUGAACCGAUUUUAGUAAAUCUGAGAGCUACAAGAGAUUAUUCUGAAGAAAAAAAGCUAACUUUUCUAGAAAAGUCUAUUGCAGUCUUUCAUAUGGUAUUAUUGAAAUAAAACCUCCUUCAUAUUCUCAGCUAGCUACUGACCGAAUUCUGAUUAUCAGAACAGCUUGCUGUGUAACUGUAUUUGUAUCUAUCUCCUCACCCACCACUCCAAAUGCUUGUGGUGAAAACACAAAUGUUUUUUGUGCAAAAUGAUAUUUUGGUUUACAAUGUUUAACCCUACUUACAAGUUUGAUCUUUGAUUACUUUUGAUUUAAAUAGAAGCUCAGAAGAUAAUUUUUGUGUUUAAUAUUUUCAUUACUGUACUGAAGUCACUGCUAGCACACUGGUUUAAGUUGAAAUGAAUCAAUGUAGAAAAUCAGUAUGUUAACUCAGCUAUCCAAACGCUGAGAUUAAUAGUCUUGUAUACAAAUGAGCUCAGUCUUGCACUGUAAAAUUGAUCUUGGUUUGUGUUAACUUAAUUUUUUGAAAGAAUCACUACAUUUAUUCAUUAAAACUGUUUUAAAAAUUAAAA